GUCUGUUGCGACAUACGAAUAUAUCGAGCUAAAAGCCUAAAACGAAGCCAGCGAAACGAAGAAGCCGAUAUAUAUCUGGCUAGCUAGGCCGCACGCAAGUGGCCGAGCGAGUGGGCGUCGGAUGGACAUCGCCGGCGCGGGCGGCGCUACCGUGGCGUCGGCGGGGGGAUGGAAGGCGCCGGCGUCGAUGGUGCUGGUGCAGCUGUUCAUCACCGGGAUGAUCCUGCUGUCGAAGAUGUCCAUCGGCGACGGCAUGUUCAUCUUCGCGCUGCUCGCCUACCGCAGCGUCUUCGGCGCCGCCUUCAUCCUUCCCUUUGCGCUCAUCUUCGAGAGAGGGAAGUGGAAAAACAUGGAUUGGUCCGCACUCGCAUGGAUCUUUUUCAACGCCUUCAUCGGGUAUGCCGUACCAAUGAGCUUAUACUACUUUGGCCUCAAGGAUACCACUCCAUCCUACGCUGUUAUCUUUAUAAACAUAAUUCCCCUAUUCACCUUCAUCCUGUCACUUAUAUUUAGGAUGGAGAAAUUCAAAAUUAGAAGCAUGGUUGGAGUACUGAAGAUGACAGGUGUUUUGCUCUCUGUUGGAGGCACAAUGCUUGUCUGCCUUUACAAAGGAAAGUCACUGCAUCUCUGGAAUUCCAUAUUGCAGCAUCAAACGGAACAGCAGAGAAAGUCUGGAAACAAUCAGCUAAGAGGAACUAUUUUUUUGGUAGGAAGCAGCUUCACCUUUGCUUGUUGGUAUCUUGUUCAGGCAAAGAUUCUCAAAGUAUAUCCAUAUAAAUAUUGGUCUUCCAUGGUAACAUGCAUACUGGGAGGAGUUCAAACAGCAUUUGUUGGAGUCAUAUUAAGGAGGGACAAGAGUGCAUGGAAGCUAGGAUGGGAUCUUAACCUUGUUACUAUUGUCUACUCAGGAGCAUUUGCAACAGCCGGGAAAUAUAGUUUGAAUUCAUGGGCAGUUGCUAAGCGAGGCCCAGCCUAUCCCCCAAUGUUCAACCCAUUAUCAGUGGUCUUCACUGUUGUCCUGGGCUCACUCCUGUUGGGGGAUGACCUUACGGUUGGAAGUCUCAUAGGCACAGCAAUGGUGAUUCUUGGGCUGUAUAUUUUUCUUUGGGCCAAAGCAUGAGAAGUACCCAGGAAGUAAACAUACUAUGUUCUGCAAGAUGUUCUCGUAGCUACAGAAUACAUAGGAGUUGUAUAUCUACAUAAUGAGAUGUAUACAGUUCUGAUACAUAAUUGUAGACACAUUAUACUCAAGGAUGAGAGCUCAUUGUUUGUUUAUUUUUUAUUAAAGAAAACUACAAUAUUUCAGAACACCACUGAAAGAAAGGAUUUUAUUACAGUACCUUUGGAUGCAUAUGAGCCAUCCAUAGAGUUAGAUUCAACGAAUAAGAUUUAAUCUUACUACAUGUUCUAAUGGGUGUAGUAUGAGCAGUA